CGGCAGCAGUAGUGUGUGAGGCACUGGUGAGGACGGAGGUGCUGUUCGCCAAGAUCCCACGGACGCGCGCACACUUGAACAUUAAGAACGCAGAACAUUUGUGAAUAAGUGCCAGUGAGCGUCUACUCAUGAGAUACUGGAUAAUACUCAGCGCGGUGCUGGCCACAGGCUGGUGCUGCGGAUUCCCAGGGGCGCCGGCACAUUCUACCGUCACCUUCUCCAACGACCAACUGAGCCCCAACACUGUGGCCACGUACUCCUGUGACCGGGGCUUCGAGCUGCUGGGUCCAUCACGGAAGAUAUGUGGAAUGAACGGGACCUGGACACCUGCUGGGAUACCCUUCUGUGUGCUCAACGUGGCGGCAGGCAAAGCUCCCAUGCAGUCGUCAGUGGCCGAGGGCGGCAUCCCGCAGAAAGCGGUUGACGGCUCCAGCUCCACAAGUUUCACCACAGACACCUGCACUCUGACUGCACAGGAGCGGCAGCCGUGGUGGUACGUCAAUCUUCUAGAACCCUACAUGGUGCAGCUCGUCAGGCUGGACUUCGGCAGGUCCUGCUGUGCGGAGGACCAGCCGGCUGUGGUGGUGGUGCGCGUGGGCAACAACCGGCCAGACCUAGACAGCAAUCCGAUCUGUAACCGUUUCAUUGGCUUGCUGAAGGAAGGGCGACCGCUGUUCCUGCCCUGCAACCCACCUAUGCCUGGUGCCUUCGUCAGCGUGCACAUCGAGGGUCCGCCUGGUGUGCAGCUGUCCAUUUGUGAAGCCUUUGUGUACACGGACCAGGCUCUGCCGAUAGAGAGGUGUCCGUCUUUCCGUGACCAGCCUCCCGGCAGCACCGCCACUUACAACGGGAAGUGUUACAUUUUCUACAACCAACAGCCAAAAACGUUCGAUCAGGCUCUAGAAUUUUGCCGCAGUCGAGGUGGAUCGCUGGUGGACGAAACAAAUCCUGCCCUGCAAGGAUUCCUGAGCUGGGAGCUGUGGCGCAAACACAGGGGAGACUCAAGCGGCCAGUACUGGAUGGGUGCCGUGCGGGACCCGGAGGAUCCCAACAACUGGAAGUGGAUCAACGGCCGCGAUGUAUCCGUCUCCUUUUGGAACCUGCCUGGUGGUAACGAGAACUGCGCUCGUUUUGAUGGCACCAAGGGAUGGCUGUGGUCCGACACCAACUGUAACGCAGGCCUCAACUUUAUCUGCCAGCACCGGCCCCAAACAUGUGGAAAGCCGGAGCAGCCACCAAACUCAACAAUGGUAGGCAACACCUUCAGUGUAGGCAGUAUGGUGGAGUACCGCUGCGAUCCCGGCCACACCCUCGUCGGCCCCGCCCAGCGAUCCUGCCUCGAGUCCGGCUUCUUCAACGAGUUCCCGCCCACCUGUAGAUACCUGGAGUGUGGCCUGCCAGCGCCAAUCCGCCACGGCAGUUAUUCUCUCAUUAACGGAACGCGGUACUACCUGAGCCAAGUGAAGUACGAGUGUGACCCUGGCUAUACCACCAUCGGGCGCGCAGAGUUGGUGUGUGACCUGGACGAGCGAUGGAAUGGCCCUCCCCCGCUGUGCCACCCCGUGACAUGUGACGUCCCUGCACCCAUCCCACACGGCUCCUCAAACCUCUCCUCUCCGACCAUCACCUUUGGGUCUUCUAUUACCUUUUCCUGCAACGAUGGAUACGUGUUGAUUGGCCGCCGCUCUCUCACCUGCACUGCUGAGGGUAUCCUCGACGGCCGGUCUCCUCGCUGCGAAGUUGAUGAGGCGGCGAAACCUUCACUGGAGGAUUUGGCUACGGGAUCAGGCCGACCAGAUGGCAGACCGAGGCGUCCCCCGUUCAGGCCAGACACACUGCGCCCUGGCCCGCCGUACUUAACAGAGGUAGAAGAUAAUAUUGUGGAGGCAGCUAACCCCGGUCUGGCAACUGUCCUGCCCUCGCUGGAAGCUGGCGACAACAACCGCAUCAAUAACAUCAACACUGACCGAGGCCAGAGCGUGAAUGAUCCGACCUUCGACCUGCAUGACGAGAACUCCAAGACCACUGAGAAGCUACACUUGGGUGGUAUCAUCGCCCUCGGUGUGUUCGGCGGGUUUGUUUUCCUGGCAGCAGUCAUCACCACCAUUGUUAUCCUCGUCAGAAGGACCCAACAUGGACCCGCCAAGAAGUACGUCCGUCGUAGUGAUGACGGUACUGCCUCUUCCUACGACUCUUCAUCUUCUGACGGACACGGGCUAAACAAGUACUACAAAAGGGCGUGGGAGAACCUGCGCGAGAGCGGCGGCGACCUGGAGAAGAAUAGUCAUUCUCGCCUUGCCCGCACAGAAACCCUUGACCAACCAGACUUCAGGUCAACUCGCUCGGUGGGACACGAGGGCCUCCGUGACGGGUCCGAGAUGACUGUGAAUGACGUGGCCGCCAUGUACACCCGCCCGGAGAAACGCCGCCACCACCACCACCACCACGGCCACCGCCACAAAGGAGGGCGUGAUACGGAGCGAGACCAUCACGACCGUCAGGACCACCACGACCGCUCCAGCCGCCACGACCGCCACGACCACAGCGAGCGUAAUGACCGCGACUGGCGUGAUCGGGACCGCGAACGCAGGAAGUAUUAAAUGCUUUCCACCGACGACCCAUAAUGAGGCAAGGCACGACCAGAGCAGCGUUGAGACGCAUGCUGACCAACACUAUCACACCUUACCCGCUGUCAAACAUAAAGCGUCCGUUGGUGUCAACUGCUGUCUGCUGAAUAAGAGCUCGACUCAUACCAAGGUUUCUUAUUUUUUUCUUUUUCCUCGAGGUAACGCGUCUUCGUCCCUUUCGGCGUGUUACAACAAGAAGGAAGAACAAGUAACACCAGGAAGAAAGUGUUUGUCUUUACUAAGGUCGCAGCUGUAUCUGCAGAAAUAAAAACUUGACUCCUUCUAUCAUAUAAACAAAUAACCAAUCCUUGCCUCGGAUUUCUUCUGAAGCGCGCCUCGCCGCCGCUGACUUAGUCUUUAUUACGUUAAGAUUCUUAGUAAAUGCAUCUCCCCUUCCCAUUAACCGUGUCGUCUUUUCCUGUGUCUUGAUAGCGAUCUUGACCUCAGCUCAAGCGUCCCUUCUGUGACGUAUCACAGUUGUUGUAGCCAAGAUUAAAACAUAAUACUUUGGUUGUAGCCACGCUGGCCCUCACACUAUCCCGACUUCAGUAAUGUUCACGCUCAAGCACGCCAAACGUAGUGGCAUUAAUUACGCACCCUCCUACCUUAUCACGGCACCCUCAUACUCGUACAACUUUCAUGUCGCACACGGUAGUAGUAUACCUCGUCUCUGCUGACAAGGCUGCAGUGGUGGUGGGUGGCGUGGGCUGCACCGUCCAGCGCCGGGCGUUGGUUCGGCUUGAAUUGCUCAUCUACUCAGUAAUAUUUCCGUCACUCUCAUACUUUUCUUAAUUUCAUGGGUGCAUUACAAUCAUGAUCCUUUACAGUACUGUUGAUUGUCUCCAUUAAUAUAGAAAUGAUGAUACUCUUAGUUGAAGAAUCAACAAUUGGAAGAACGAAACAACUUGUCUUCGAAAAUAUCUAGUAUUAAACUCUAUCUUAAAGUUUCUCGUUGCAUAUUACAUAAUGUAAAUUCUAUUGCGUUUUUAAGGUUUCUGCGAUAAUUUUGAGUAAAAAGUUACUAAAAAACAAUGUUCACAAAUAUUUUCUAUAUAUAGUUUAAUUUCUGUUAAGGAGAUCCAAACCAUGCUGGGUAAUACAAUUGAAAAGAUCAGCGUGAAAACGAUUUAUCGGUAAUGCCACACAUAUCCAAGAAGUCUUCACCCGAUCAAGUCUUGGCUCAUGUGCCAAUAUACUAGAAAGAGAAAGUGGAGUGUGCUCUACGCGGGCACGGGAACACGCAAUGGGAUGGGCUCCACUCGUCCCCUCCCCUUCGAAGUUCCCGCAGCGAUGUGUGUUCUUAGUCUUAUGGAGGCAUUAAUCUCUUUGAUGUACAUGAUUCGCUUGAAGUAUACAGCCGCUGCCUCGCCCUGCCAGCACUGGAGCAGAGGCUCGUAAGGCGACUCAGCGGAACUUUAUGGUAGUUGUAUUUGUUCCCUGUAGAGCACGUUGUUAUAGACUACACGUGAGAUAUUUGGUGUAGCAAUCUGUAUGUAAUCAGUCUGUACGGUAGCAUUAGCUUCCUGGUAAACAUAUUUAUGUUAUUUGUAUGAGUGUUGUAAAGCAUGGAUGUAAUGAAGUUGUUUGCACUAAUGUCAUGUAUGUGUAUAUGUGUAUGAUGCAUAAUAAAUGUUAUGUAUAUAA